AUGCUUCGGCCAUGGCUCAGCGGCAGCGCUGUGCGUUCUCUUCGCCGUGCUUCAAGCUCAUUACGCCCAUUCUUGAUUCCUCGCGUUAAUUUCUCUUCCGCUACAAAUCUCCAAUCAGAUCGCAUCCCUCUUCGCAAACAACUCAAACAGGAAGCCAAGAGCCUCAAAGCCCAGAAGAAACAGCGCAAGGAGAAUGAAGAAGCCUCGAGGCAGGAAUGGGAGCUCACGGUAGGCGUGGAGAUUCACGCUCAAUUGGAUACAGCUGCGAAGCUCUUCUCUCGAGCGGCCACAUCGACAAGUGACACCCCAAACUCCAAUGUCGCCUUAUUCGACCUGGCAUUCCCAGGUAGUCAGCCGCAAUUCCAAGCUGCCACCCUCCUUCCAGCCCUACGCGCCGCAAUCGCACUAAACUGCCAAAUCCAACCGGUCAGCCGGUUUGACCGAAAGCACUACUUCUACCAAGAUCAGCCCUCCGGGUACCAGAUCACCCAAUAUUACGAGCCCUUCGCGCGCAACGGUUAUAUCGACCUAUUCGACUACGACGGAAUCGCACCAGAAGAUGGGGAGCGUGUCCGCAUAGACAUCCAGCAGGUCCAAUUAGAACAGGAUACCGCCAAGUCUCAGGAAUAUCCGGGCCCAACUUCGAUACAACUUCUCGACUUUAAUCGCGUAUCCCAUCCUCUCAUCGAGAUUAUCACCUUACCCCAAAUCCACACACCUGCGACGGCCGCCGCCUGCGUUCGAAAAUUACAGUCCAUUUUACAAGCAUGCGGGGCCGUAACAACGGGAAUGGAAUUGGGUGGUCUACGUGCUGAUAUCAAUGUCUCGGUUCGGCGGCGAAGCGAGGCACAGGGUCCUCUAGGCCAGCGCACGGAGAUCAAGAAUCUUAGCAGCUUCAAGGCAGUCGAGGAUGCGGUCAUUGCUGAGAAGAAUCGCCAGAUCGCGGUGCUGGAGAGUGGUGGGAAAGUUCUGGGCGAGACGCGCGGGUGGACAAUUGGUAGCACCGAGACCCAUCUACUGAGAGGAAAAGAGGGUGCAGUCGACUACCGCUACAUGCCAGACCCAGAUAUUCCCCCACUGGUGAUUGGCGACGAUCUAAUCGCUCACUUGAACGAAAGCCUACCCAUGGCCCCCGAUACUUUACUGAUGCAGCUUAUCGGGCCGGAGUAUGGUCUUCCGAUUGAAGAUGCAAAACCAUUGAUCGACCUGGACGAUGGCGCUCGUCUCGAAUACUACCAAGAUGUUGUUGAUAUUCUCCAUAAGAACGAUCUAGACAAAUCCACACAGGCAGCUCUCGCGCGAAUGGCGGGUAACUGGGUCCUCCACGAGUUAGGCGGUCUCCUAACUAAAGCCGACCGAACCUGGCACGCGGAUAUCGUGCCGGCACAGUCUCUGGCGGACCUUAUCGACCAUGUCCAGCGAAAGCUUAUCACUGGACCUACGGCGAAACAAGUGCUCGCCGCAAUCUUCGACGGAGAUCGUCGUCCGGUGCCGCAGCUGCUGGAGGAAGAUAAUCUCCUACUUCGGCCCUUGUCGCGCGAGGAAUAUAUUACAUUGGCCGAAUCCGCCAUUGCCCUGAAUCCGAAGAUGGUGGAGCAGAUCCGUGGCAACCAGCUAGGGAAACUGGGCUGGUUUGUGGGACAGAUGAUGCGGACAGGCGAAAAAGGUCGCGUGGAAGCCCCAAAAGCCGAGACCAUCCUACGCGAGCUUAUCCUAGGAGAAAAGGCAUAA